AUGGCUCACCUCUACGACUUUGCAAACUUCGUCGACGUUCCGUACAAGAACGGCUGGAAAAAGGGCGACCAAGUCAAAUAUCCCAACACGCCAGCCUUCCAAGGAUUCAAUCAAGCAUGUCGAAUUGAGGGAGAGGUUGUGGACCUGGAGGUUGAUGGUACAAUUCCGAAGGAAAUCAAUGGCACAUUCUAUAGAAUUCAGCCAGAUCACCGCUACCCUCCCUCAUAUGAAGAGGAUAUUCACUUCAGCGGAGAUGGGAGUAUAACGGCCAUUCGCAUUCAAGAUGGGCAUGUAGAUCUUAAGCAGCGCUAUGCCAGGACAGACCGGUUUCUGGCAGAAACGGCUGCGAGAAAGAGCCUUUUUGGCAAAUAUCGCAAUCCCCACACCGACUCUGAGGCGGUUAAGGGCGUGAUCCGAACAGUCGCCAAUACAAACAUCAUAUUUUGGCGUGGAAUGUUGUUAGCGACGAAGGAAGAUGGACCGCCGUAUGCGCUGGAUCCUGUGACUUUGGAAACUAUCGGCCGUUAUGAUUUCGAGGGGCAAGUUCGAUCUCCGACAUUUACAGCACAUCCAAAAUUUGACCCGGAGACGGGUGAGAUGAUCUGUUUUGGUUAUGAAGCGGGCGGGAAUGGCUCUGAUGGCUCAUGUGAUAUUGUCGUUUACACCAUUGAUACCGACGGUAAGAAAACCGAAGAAGCCUGGUACAAAUCUCCAUUCUGUGGCAUGAUCCACGAUUGCGGUAUCUCGAAAAACUAUCUGGUUCUUCCAAUGACACCUUUAAAAUGCUCUGUUGAUCGUCUGAAGAACGGUGGUAACCAUUGGGCCUGGGACCCCAAGGAAAGUCAAUGGUAUGGGAUUGUUCCAAGGAGAGGGGGCAAGCCCGAGGACAUGAUUUGGCUUCGAGCCGAGAAUGCCUUCCAUGGUCAUGUUGCCGGAUGCUAUGAAAAUGAAGACGGCCAUAUCGUGUUUGACAUCACGGUAUCAGAUGGCAACGUUUUCUUCUUCUUCCCGCCCGACGAGAAACAAACAAGCAAUUUGGCGGCAAGAAACCGGCUGCAGAGCGUCACACAUCGCUGGGUCUUUGACCCAAAAAGUGAAUCAGGCUCAUAUGUCCAACCUGAGAUCCUUUGGGACACCAAUGGUGAAUUCUCCCGCAUAGACGACCGCUUUGUCACGAAAAAAUACAACCAUUUCUGGCAGGCAUGUAUUGAUGGAUCAAGAGAAUAUGACGCUGCCAAGUGUGGCCCUCCUGCAGGAGGUCUAUUCAAUUGCCUCGGCCAUUUUACCUGGGGUGGCCAGAAGGAGGAUAUCUUGUGGGCGGGUCCACGAGCGACUUUCCAGGAGCCAACAUUCAUUCCAAAAACCGACGGUGGGGAAGGUGAGGGUUGGAUUAUCGCCUUUGUGAAUCGCCUCGAUGUGCUUCGCAAUGAUAUCGUGAUCGUUGACGCCCAGCAUGUCGCAAAAGGGCCGGUCGCUGUAAUUCAUCUCCCCUUCAAACUGAAGCUGGGAUUGCACGGGAAUUUUGUAGAUCACCGGGAUAUUUUAGCUUGGCAACAACGGAGAGCCCCUGAAGGUGAUGUUGGUCCAGUUCAACCGGCUCAAAAGCCACUUGAGUGGCAGCUCGAGUAUUUGGAAGAUCAUUAG